AUGGAAAGACUAGAUGCCAUUCUAUCUCGGAAAACGGGGCUAUGCUGCACCAUGUUCCCUACGGAAACGCUGGCUGUUGAGAAACUCGAACACCUAGUUGUGAAGGAGACACAAUCGGGAGAAAAAAGUAUCCGUUCUGCAUGCACAUCGACAUGCCGAGGACCGCCUUGUACUCACCCACGACACGCUAGUCACGCCGAAGGGAUUGAAAAGCUAGUAUACACAGAAGCAGCACCUCCCACUCAAAAUUGGCGUGCUUCACAGAACUCAUGCUGCCGAGGCGAAGUAGCCCCCAGCUGGUUGUAUUUCCGUGAAGGCACAGAAACUCGGCAGCAAGGUUUAAAAGCCAUGCGUUCCUCAGAACUUUCCGCCAUAAACAGAAAAGGACACAGGGAAAAGAGACUUUCGAGUAGCAAGUGUAUUGAGCUAAACUCUCGCAUUAAAGCAUAUUCUACACGACUCCCUCCCCAGCAACAGCAAGAGCAGGCUGCCCUUGGGAUGAUGCAAAGCACCGCCAGCAUACCGUCGGUAGGACUCAAUCCCUCUGAAGAGGCUUCGUCGUCGCUCGUGAGAAUGGAAGUUAGCGGGACUCAGGUACAAACGAAGUUGCAGCAGCCAGAAUGUAAGAUCUUCCAAAUGAGCUGUUUGUCUAAACUUUGCUCGGAGCGUAAGCAAGAAAGGAUAGAUGGAAAGACCGACUCCUCUUUUGUUGACACAACAGAAGGUAAAAUCCCAGUUGCGGAAAUAGUUACGUCGGGAUCUUCAACUCAUAGCACUGAGGCAUCGGCAUGUACUGCCUCCUACCAGCCUGGGCAGGGCGUUCUCGAGUACUCUUGUGCAUCAGCCACAGCUUCGACAUGCGGUGCAGUGAACCAACGCAGUUUCGGAGGCAGUAGAGCAUGGCAGUGGAGACCUGGCGUAACCACUUUGCAGGCCCAGUGCUCAAGUUUGCACGGUGCUUCUCUACGAAAGCGACAUAGCCCGGUUGGAUACAGCAACCAACAGAGCCCAGUGCAAAUCAUCUUGGUAGAUGGGCAACUGCCUCAACAGCAAGUGCCACAACAGUGGGCUGCACAGUGGCAACAAUGGCCACAGCGAUGGCAUUCGCCACAACACUUACCUUUUCAAGAGCUCGCAGUGAAGCACGUUCAAAUGCAGCGACAGGCUGCGGGAAUAGGAUGCAUCGGUUACCCUCAUAUUGUCUGCAUGCUUCCUCAAUAUAUGCCUAAAUCGUGGGUCUCAGUUGUCGUUCCCACGCCGCAUUUCUGGAGUCGUUGGGAAGGUGAAGGUCAACUCGAAGAGCUUUUUGCCGGACAACCAGGGGCGCUCCUUCCUACCGUUAAAAAGUCCGUUCAUGACGAAUGUACGCGACAUCCUUUUUACCCCUAA